UAAUUUCUGGCAAACAAAAGCAGCAACACAAAUGCGGAAAGAGCAAAUCUGGAAUAUUUCAAGUUUUCAGUGGACACUGAUACUUCCAUUUCAUAUCUGAGCUGCUCAGGUGUUCAGAUUACUUUUUCAUAAUGGGAGGUAAAAAUUCAACAAUUUUGAAAGAAGAUAUGGAAGAUUAUAUUGAUCUGUCAUACUUAAAUAUGGGAGAAAUUAAAAUGAUUGAAAAGAUAUUUUAUGCAAUGGCAGAUGGGCAUAAAGUAAGUUUACAGCACAGGUUUCCUGCUUCUUUGAUAAAAGAUACAUUCCCUCAAAUACAGGCAAAUCCUUUUGCAGAUCGCAUAAUAGAAGUGUUUUCUUCUCAAAAUGACAACCAUUUGUCUUUUGAGGAUUUGCUGGACAUGUUUUCAGUACUCUCAGAAAACUGCCCUGACAGAGUGAAAGCACUGUGGAUCUUUAAAAUAUAUGACUUUGAUGGCGACACUUUCCUCAAGAAAUCAGAUCUUAUCAAUGUCAUAAGAAGAUUAACAGGUAUCAAUACUCUGGAAUUCAGAGAUUUGGAAACUGUAGCAAAUAAUGUUUUGAAGGAAGCAGACAUUUCUCAAAGUGGGGCACUUUCACCUAUGGAUUUUGUCCAUUUAGCACUGAAAUUGCCUGAAUUCUCCAGCUGCUUUACAGUUAGACUCUGAUAGUUACCUGUAGCAUAUUUUGUGCAGGCAUUAAUAGCAAGAAGAAAAAUUAUAAAUGUGUCAUUAUUGUAUAAUAUGAGGAAGUAAUAAUGUGGGGCAAGAUGUUAUCUGUAAUGAUAGCACCAGGGAUCAAAGUUAUAAGACAUGAACACAGUUCCAUUUGAAAAAUAAGUUAUUUAAUUUUUAAAUUAUGAUCAAUAUCUGCAGUUCUGUACAGCUCAGAAAUAUGGAUAUAUGUUUUAAUGGAUCAGUGUGUGCCAGUAAUAAUAUUUUGGGACCUGAAACAUGCUUCAUAAUCUCUCCACAUAGCCUUGUAGAUCUAAUGUAUUAUCAGCAAGAGAGGAGAAGCAGAGGUCAGCUUGACAUAGAUCAGUUCAUGCAGUGUUUUCCAAUCCUCAGAUUGUGUGUUUAACUUUCCACAAUGGAACAGUCUACAUACAGCAAAGAUUUUUGUCAUCCCAGGAAAUUAUACCAGCUAUUAUUUCAAAUAACCUGUAAUCAGGAAGUGAAGAAGAAAUUAAUGAUUGAGAUUUAAGCUCAAAGAAGUAAAACAAGAAUUACAUGAAUUAUCUUUAUUUCUUAAAAUUGGCAACCAGCAAAUAUUUUCUUAUACUCUAGAAGCAUAAGGUUUCAUUAGCCAUUAUUUUGAAAUGUAUACAAAUGCAGUAUUUAUAGCCUAAAAAAAAUCAAAGACUACACUUGCACUAAAAACCAGUCCUCAUAAUGCAAAAUAGCCCCCUAUUUUUAUUUAAUAUUGUCAUGUGUGAACAAAAAUAUCUUAUUUGAAUGCCUGAGAAUAUUGUUUAAUAUUCUACAUUAAUCUAUAAAUCUGAAAAUGCUUAAAGGAAAAGAAAGAAAGAGAGAAAGAAUGUAACUGAUUGUGUAAGACACAAUAAUAGAUUUCAACUGUGUUAUUUUAACAUUAGAUUCUUUUUACUUUAGGCUUAUUUUCGCUGUGUUAUGAUUAAUACUAUUUAGUUACUAUUUCUGUAAAUUAUUUAUGUAAGAAUAAUAGUAAUUUACUGC